ACUGCUCCGCCACCUCUGUGCCGUGACAUCGAAGAUCACGACGAUGGCUCUGCGUGCCAACAUGCCGACGAGUGUCGCUCUCGAGGCGGACCGGCGGCGGGGGCGGCGGCGGCGGGAGGCAUUUCAAAUGGGGUGAGUCGACGAGUGGGCGCAAGCAAGGCUGCAGAGGCGCUGCAAAAAAGGUCCUGGCAGGCAGCGCGGGAUGAAGCCGGCCUUCUUCUGACUCGCAGACAACCAAAAACGCGCUCACACUUUCCAACACUUGACCACACCUGUUCAUCUCCUCCUCUCUCCUCUCACCCCUCGUCGCUCGCUCGCUCGCUCGCCCAUCAUGGCGUCGACGUCGCUCCUGCGCACUUCACUGCGCUCCUUCUCCCUCGCCCGCACACAGUGUCGCUCCUUCGCUACCAGCUCCCCUCCCCGCUAUGCCAGUCCUUCUCGCCCCGGGCCGGGAGACAUCAAUCGUCAUUCGCGCAUCAUCACCCGCCCAAAGGACCAGGGAGCAUCGCAGGCAAUGCUCUACGCCACCGAGGGCAUCGACCAGGAUGAGGACCUUCAGCGCGCAAUGGUCGGCAUUGCCUCGAUCUGGUACGAGGGAAACCCGUGCAAUGCCCACUUGCUUGGAUUGGGUCAACGAAUCAAGAAGAGUGUAGUCGAUGCAGGUCUCACGGGAUACCAGUUCGGCGCUGUAGGCGUGUCAGACGGUAUCUCAAUGGGAACAGACGGAAUGAGCUACUCACUCCCCUCCCGCGACCUCAUCGCAGACAGCGUUGAGUCAGCAGCAGGCGGUCACUGGCUCGACGGAAUGGUCGUUGUCCCCGGCUGUGACAAGAACAUGCCCGGUGUCAUCAUGGGUCUUGCCCGUCUCAACCGACCCGGUAUCAUGGUGUACGGCGGCACCAUCCGCCCUGGAGCAUGCGGCUCCGUCUCCGGUACCCUCGACAUUGUCUCUGCCUUCCAGUCAUACGGUCAAUACCUCGCCGAAGGAGGCACGCCCGAUGCAGAGAAGAAGCGAUACGAUACUGUUCGUCACUCCUGCCCUGGUCCCGGCGCAUGCGGUGGAAUGUACACCGCCAACACCAUGGCAUCUUGCAUUGAGGCUCUGGGUAUGUCUCUCCCAGGGUCGAGCUCCUUCCCUGCCGAGUAUCCCGAGAAGCUCGAGGAGGCGGACAAGGUCGGCUCAGCUCUUCGCCUCAUUCUCGAGAAGAACAUCCGACCGCGCGACAUCAUGACUCGCGAAGCGUUCCUCGACGCCAUCUCCCUCACCAUGGUCCUUGGCGGUUCGACCAACGCCGUCCUCCACCUCAUCGCCAUGGCCCACGCAGCAGAGGUAGACGUUUCAAUCGACGACUUCCAGCGCUUGUCCGACUCGACACCCUUCCUGGCCGACUUGAAGCCUUCGGGCAAGUACGUCAUGGAGGAUGUCUACAAGACCCUCGGAGGUGUCCCGACUGUCAUCCACUACCUCAUUCAGGAGGGUCUCAUGAAGGGAGACCACAUGACCGUCACGGGCAAGACGUUGAAGGAGAACUGUGCAGAGUGGGUCGAGAAGCGUGGCAAGUGGCCCGAAGGUCAGGAUGUGCUGCGUCCCGUCAGCAACCCGAUCAAGAAGACGGGACAUAUCCGUAUCUUGAAGGGCAACUUGGCACCCGGUGGAGCUGUGGCCAAGAUUACGGGCAAGGAAGGGUUACGCUUUGAGGGCAAGGCUCGCGUGUUUGACACGGAGGACGAGCUGGUCAAGGCCAUUGAGCAGAAGACGAUCAAGAAGGGCGAGAAGACCGUCGUCGUCCUCCGAUACAAGGGUCCCAAGGGCGGCCCCGGCAUGCCGGAGAUGCUCAAGCCCACUUCUCUCAUCAUGGGCGCCGGCCUCGGCCAAGACGUCGCUUGCUUGACGGACGGACGCUUCUCUGGUGGAUCUCACGGCUUCGUCAUCGGUCAUGUCGUGCCCGAGGCUCAGGUCGGAGGCCCCAUCGGUCUCGUCAAGGACGGCGAUCGUGUGGUCAUUGACGCGGAGAGUAACACUAUCGACUGCCCAGAGGUGGAUGAGGCCGAGUGGGCUAGGAGGAAGGAGGGAUGGAAGCCUAGGCCAUUGAGGUUCACUGCUGGUCAUCUCAAGAAGUACACGAUGCUUGUCGGGGACGCUAGUAGGGGCGCGAUCACGGACGCGGAUUUGGAGAGGCAGCAGCCUGACCUUUGAGAUGUGUGGGGGCGGGCGUGUGUAAAGUGUAGCAUGACUCGUUGCAAUGGAGCAUUGGAUCUCGGAAAAGGAGAGGAGGUGAGACUGGCAAGCUGGAGUAUCCGGCGCAGCCUUUAAUCAGGAAUCUCCUUGUACUCGAGGCAAAAGUCGCUUCAGCGCCAUAAUGAUGCGACUGGGUGACUAUUCAUAGGUACGGCAGAAACGACGCGAUCGACAUCGAAUG